AUGUCUCCCAUCAACACCAUCGAUAACACCACCGCCAACAGCGCCAUUGCUGCCGCCACUGCCUCCGCUUCGGGCACUACCGCGUUCAAGGUCGAUUCGCCCUACGUGCACUACAGCGAGGGCAAGGUCGAGUCGGACUACAUGUACGACACGACCAUUGUCAGCCGCGACGCCGAGACCGGGCAGCUUAGGGCCAAGCCCACCAAGGUACACUACCAAUUCCAGACCAAGACCAAGGUCGGCCGCGUCGGCCUUAUGCUCGUCGGCUGGGCUGGCAACAACGGCACCACGGUGACCGCCUCGAUUCUCGCCAACAAGAAGAACAUCUCGUGGGAGACGCGUAAAGGCAUGCAGGAGCCCAACUACUUUGGAUCCAUCAUGAUGGCGUCGACGGUCAAGCUGGGUGUGGAUGCCAAGCUGAACGACGUCUACGUGCCCUUCAACGAGGUCGUGCCAAUGGCUCACCCCAAUGAUAUUGUCAUUGGUGGCUGGGACAUUAACUCGCUGAGCAUCGGUGACGCCAUGCGCCGCGCGCAGGUUCUGCCGGUUGAUCUGCAGCGGAGGGUGUACGAUGAGCUCAAGGAGCUUAAGCCCCUGCCCUCGGUCUACUACCCGGACUUUAUCGCAGCCAACCAGGAGGACCGGGCCGACAACAUUAUCGGCGGCACCAAGCAGGAGCAGCUGGACCACUUGCGCAAGGACAUCCGCGACUUCAAGCAGGCCAACGAUCUCGAGCGCGUGAUUGUUAUGUGGACUGCCAACACGGAGCGCUACGCGGAUAUUCUCGCCGGUAUCAACGACACCGCAGAUAACCUGCUCAAGGCUGUCGAGGAUGGGCACGCCGAGGUGUCGCCGUCAACCCUGUUUGCCAUUGCGUCGAUUCUCGAGGGCGCACCCUUUGUCAAUGGUUCGCCCCAGAACACCCUGGUUCCCGGUGUCAUUGAGCUGGCCGAGCGCAAGAGCUGCUUCAUCGGCGGUGAUGACUUCAAGUCGGGCCAGACCAAGAUCAAGUCCGUGCUGGCCGAGUUCCUGGUCAAUGCCGGUAUCAAGCCCCUGGCGAUCACGUCGUACAACCACCUGGGUAACAACGACGGGCGCAACCUGUCUGCGCCCGCGCAGUUCCGCUCCAAGGAAAUCUCGAAGAGCAGCGUCGUCGAUGAUAUGGUCGGUUCCAACCACCUUUUGUACAAGAAGGGUGAGCACCCCGAUCACACAAUCGUUAUCAAGUACGUGCCCUCGGUUGGUGACUCGAAGCGCGCCAUGGACGAGUACGUUAGUGAGAUCUUCAUGGGUGGUCUGAACACUAUUUCGAUCUACAACACGUGCGAGGACUCGCUGCUUGCCAGCCCGCUGAUUAUCGAUCUGUUCAUGAUGACGGAGCUGAUGACCCGUGUUGCGUACCGCGUCAGGGAUGAUUCUGAUGCGGUUGAGCCCGAGUGGGUGCCCUUCCACUCGGUUUUGUCCAUCCUGUCGUACAUGCUCAAGGCCCCCGUUGUGCCUCCCAACACCCCUGUGGUCAACGCCCUUGCCAAGCAGCGCAUGGCCAUGGAGAACAUCAUGCGUGCCUUCGUUGGUCUGCCUGCCAACAACGAGAUGCUUUUGGAACACAAGGCCUUCCACUAA